UUUUGAGCUUUCACACACUUUUAUUGUCAGUCAUAGAUGUUUAAAUCAACACGACAGAUAGCUUUCAUACUAAAAUCGCAGUAAAUCAAAAUUUUUGUUUUAAUUAUUUGAUCUUAAAGGCCCUUAAAAAACCUUGCACGAUGCUGCAACCAGUGAAAUUUAAAUCCUAACAUUAGUAUCCCUUUCUUGGGAUUUCAGUAUAGAUAGGACUCUUGUUUAUUCCCCUUUAAUGUGAUCAUUUUCUAUCCCCAGGGAUUUUCACAUGCAGGAUGUCAGUCAUACCUCUCUGUUCAGUCUGUUUGGCUGAACACACCAGUGACAUCACAGAUUGGGCGUGAUGAACUAACCAUUUUCUCUCAUAUUCGUGGGUGAAGUGAUAUCUUACAAAGCCACAAAGUCAAUAAAUUGACAAAAAUAAAAUGACAAGAGCUGAUAAAAGGGGGCACGUUGUAGCUUUCAUGAGGUAAAAAACCUGUAUGUGCUGUUUUUAACUAUGAAGCUGCGGGUGUAGGAGGCAGACGGCUGCACAGUGAGAAUUGCUUGUUUGUGUUAAAAUCAGGGUUGGAUAGUGAGAGAAGCAGCUUGAAGUCUUUUAUGUCCCGUCCAUUUACCUUUGAAUCACUACUAGACCUGAAUGAACAGGAAUCUUCAUGGAUGUAUGCAAUAAAAGGAUUUUUCAGACCUGGUAAUGUAUCUCAUUUCAGUGAUAAAUAUAGGAACCUGGUGUAGGUGGAUUAACACCGUUGUCAAGAGAGAGCACAUCAUAGAGAAUAACAAACACAUCAUACACAAAACAUAGUAUUUUAAUGUUUUACUGUAAGCUCUGAAAGGUUCUCACAUUUCCACAGACAGUUAAACUCAGACCAAUUUAAGCUUAUAGUCAAAUUUGAACAUGUUGAAUGAAUGUUGGAUGAAGAUAGUCAGUUGUAGGUAAAUAUGCAGAAGGAAGGUUGAAACGGGAACAAGCAGAUUUUCCUUUGAAGGAAAUGGCUCAGCCAUCCACCACCAUGACUAACACUUAUGUGUAUUUUAAGUGUUAUGGGAGGCUACAGUGAUGUUUGAAUGUGGGCUUCAAAUGUAGAUAAGGUUAAAAUAUUGCCACACAAGUCCAUCAACAUAACAUAAUGACUAACUCAAGUUUCCACAAUAAUGAACCAUAAAAUGUAUGUAUAUACUAUUUAUUGAAAUGUAUGACAACAGAUUUUUCCAACUGAUAGUGACUAAACAGCAAUGAAAUAUUACACUGUUAAUAAACCUACUGACAUGCAAAUAUCUGAGUAAGAGAGGAGAAAAACCAAUAAAGUACAGUACCACCAAACUGCUUGAGGAAUCCUUGGAUUAGCCAAUAUAAAUAAUCAAUAAAUACAAAGCCAUAAGGAAACCUGGAUUAAUCCUCUGAGCAAUCCUUCAGCCUGGACAUACAGAGAGAGACAGAGAGAAAAUGUCAUGUUGCAGUUUGCCAGAUUACUCUGGCUCCACAUGAAUAGACAAACCGUGCUGUAUGCUUCCACAAUACCGUAUGGCGCUGCAAAAGCCGAAAAAGGUUUUGUUCAGUCGGCUAUUAAGAGUGUUUUAUCUUUUAUCUUUUACUUAAAAGGUGAAACUGCCAGCAAGCCCUAGAUUUAAAAUAAGGUUACCUAUAAAAGGAUAUUAAAUUAUCCUGCGAGUGUAAGAAAUGUCCAUCAGUGUAUAGCCCAUUUUGAUCAGUUAAUAAGCAAAGAACAUUUGCCAAAAAUAGUUUUUCGUCGUGUAGAGAGAAAGAGAGAGACAGCUGUCCGGAUGAAGAGAGGCCAAUCCUCUGUGUGGAAUGUUCCAGUAGCCUGUCAGCCGCGCGCAAAACUGAAUGGCGCAACCCACCAGCUUUUUUUUUUUUUUUUUUUUUUUUUUUUUUUUUUAGUGAGAUUAAAAUGUAAGAACUGCAUAUUUUCUUACACACAUAGAACUCUCUCGGUUAAACUAAGAGUGGUUUUCCAUAAAGGAGGGCUGCAGUCAGAGAGAGAGGAAUGUUGUUUACAGCCUCGUGACCAGCUAUUGAAGGAGUGCGCGCCCUUGGCAAGCUGAGCUCGGAGUGGAUAACAGGACUAACAGGCCUGACACACCAACUGCCUUCUCACACUCUACACACACGCUCCCCCUCCCCCAUUUCCAACCCCCAUCCCUUAAAAACAUAAAAGUUGGUGUUUUCAGAUUUUAAGAGUGAGAAAACAUCCGCCGUUUUUCCAGUAUUAGGCAAGAGAGCGCGCGCAAAAUUCCGCACCCCCUUCUUUAAUUUUCGCCUAGAUACAGACUACCAGGGCUCGUGCCGAUUCCUCAUGACCUUAUAUGGCAGUGUGGGGGAUGCAGCAACAUGCUCGAGCGUUCAUGGCAAACGGCCAGAGCUCUCGGAUUACUGCCGUCGUUAGGGGCGAGUCAGCCUAGCAACUGACAACCUGAAUACGCAACCCUGUCAGCGUUUCUUCCCUCCACACAGGCACCGUCGACUGUUUUUUCUUUUUAUCUACCUCUUAUAAAACAUACAAAAUCCGAGACAAUCUGCCCUAAGUCGAUCGUUGGAAGGACUGCCAGGUGAAUCAUCAGAAACGUCCUCCGAAAAAAAAAAACCAGAAAAACAAAUAUCCUGUCUCCGAGUGAAAGAGCCUCACCCAGUCAUGGCGCAGCAACAUUAUACAGCAGCACACUGCUCCCCUUUGUCUGUAAAGAAGCCAUUUUGAGACAGGAGAACAGCAGAGAAACCACAGUACAAGAGUAGCUCUUACACCAAAAGGUCUGUCCUGGCAAAGGGAGGCAGUGAAAUAUACAAGAUCUGUCCCCAUAUGAUUUCUUUCCUCGUUAAAUAGUUGGAUUACAUGUUUUCAAUACGAACUGUAAGUUUGCAAUAUUAAAAACUUUGGGUUUAAGUUUAUUUUAAAGGCAGUCAAUAAGCUUCUCUUGUUGAAAACGUUUUAACCACGAUUAACUGUCGUCCUUGUUGUCUGCUUAUUUUUAGAUACUGACACGUAGACGCAUAGGCUGACUCAAAUAAAAUACAAUGAAACAUCUAAAAAUCCAUUACCUUUCGAUAAAUAUCCUUUGGCUUACAUAUGAUGUUGCUCAGUUAAAAAAAUGUCGAAAUUGAAGACGUUAUACUUGACUGCAAUCCUGUCUUGAAGGAGAGAGAGGAGAUGGUUUGCAUAUUGCCCACACAGAUGAUGCUUGAAGAUGCAUAUUCGCUGGCUGAGAAGCAAUGCCUGCUGCCACUGCUCAAAAAAGUUUUCAAAAGAGCUCAAUCUUUCGUGCUAAUGGAUUCCUUCCUUUGCAGGAGACGCUUUCCCACCCCUUAUUAAUGCCAAUAUUAGAGGAUCCGAAGAUGGAGCUGAAAACAGUCCUCCUGCCCCUGCGUUUAGGCCUGUUAACUGCAUUUCACAGUGCUGAGGUAAAUAUUUUUAAGAGGAGUAUUCCCUCCAUCUGUUUCCUUUUAGGUGUGACGAUCUUAUUUUUGUUUGUUUAAAAAAUGCUAAAAGGCCACCUGGCUGGGAUUAUGUAGAUAUUUAAAUGUCCCCUCGAAGCAAGGUCAAGCCAGACUUUAACACUUUGGACGCAUUUGGUUCUUAAAUGGCAAAUGGUCAGCACUGAGGUUGUCUCCACGGCUGUAGGUGGGGUACAAGCACAAGCCACAGGGGUGUUAAACGUUGCUGAAGUGAGAGGACAUGUUUAAAGUCAUUAAUCAAAGACAAAGGGUUAUCAAUCAACAGUCAAAACUACUAGCAGUAUAAUAAUCUUGUUAACAAAGGGCCAUUAGUUAUAAAUGGCCUGCUUUCUGUCAUUUAAGGAAUAAGCUCAAAUAUGUGCUGUAAGAUUUAUGUUUAAUGUCAGCAUGCCAGUGAACAUGUUAAAUAUAUUGACUAUAUAUUACAGGUGCCAACAUUUCUGUAAAUAAAUUGAUAGCUCAGUAGAUGAAAUGACAAAAAAUAAUUUUACUUACAGUAUUAGCAUGCCUCACAUUUACAUAGAUAAAUUACCAAAAUUUUAAAAAUGAUAAAAGAGUUGAACUUACUCAUUGCUACUCCUAUCCUACAAGGCCAUAAGUGCAAUGCCAACAACCAGCCAUUACACAUUGUCACUGUGUUUUUUUCUCUUUAGUCUCACAUCUCAAAAACCAUAAUGCUGUUUAUUUAAAACACUUGAUUUCUUUUUUUGCUCAAUAAUUAUAAAUACUGUUAUAUGGGUGUGCCAUGACCUAGUUAGGACAAAGAUGGAUUCCAGGCAGAGGAAAAAAGGCUCAAAAUGUCACAGGGUAUUACAUCCAGUACAUUCUCUUCCUUCUUCUCAAUCCUUUGAAAGGAGGAAUCAUAGUUUUAUCAUAGUCCAUGAGAGAUGAGGAAAUCAAGUGUAAGAUCCCUUUUGGAACAAAGGAAACCCAUAUAGGCCAUUGAGUCCUGUUUUUAGGAAAAUGGCUGCCGAGAGCGCUCAGCCCCCUCUCUCUGCUCUCUGUUGAAGGACUCCUGAGCCCUGCUUCUAAUAGCAGACAGCUCCUCUGCUGCUGCGCUCUGAUUGGCCCGCCGAGCUGCCGCUGUUAACCAGCCAAUUGCCCGAGCACUGCAAAACACCAGGCAAUGUCAAACAAUAUCCAGUUUGUUCGACAAAAUACACUUCUCCAAAAAAUUAUUUUAACAGACAAGUCUGAGUCAGCUCGACACAAGCUUAAAAUCCCGUCAAUUAACUCCUGGUAACUCUAUUUUCGAAUAAAAAUUUGUUAAAUAUUUCUCACUCGGAGUAAACAACGAGCUCUACCGAUAGCUCCUUAUCCGUUUUUUAAAUAAAACCCGUAACGGUUAGAUUUGGUACAUUAGCCUUCGACGAACUCGUAUUUAUUAGCUUUUAUGAAGAUGUUCCCCUGUGCCUCUCUUGUGUUUGCCGUUUAGGUAAAUACAAUCAGCAGAUUCAACACAAAAUGGAUUAGCGAUACAUCGACAAAACGGCCGUUAUUAAGACUUCGAUAUUAUAACGCAUGCUUACGAAUACCGUUGCCGACACAAAUCCCAGCAACUUCAUGUGAAGCAGCCGUACGGUGUAAUUACCGUUGGUAAUACACAUAAAUUUGUAACGAAAGUGCGGCUAGCUGACGAGGUGGGCAAGCCUGGCGGUGUAUUGUGGGAGAGACAGAAGCUACAGACCAGAGGCACACAAUAUGUGUUGGCUCUCGCCGAAAAGGAGGCAGUAUUCUUCAAGCAAAAUCAUGUAAUGUAAGCGGCGAAAGGAGAGCGAUUUCGUCUUUUCAUCAAUUAAAGGAAAAUCACUCGAUCGGACAAAACAUGUCCAAGCCAGGGGAGAGAAACAGAUUGAACGAAGACCAUGGCAGAAAGCAGAGUUCAAGUAAGCUUGUUCUUUUUUUCCUCUUUCUCCAACCCUCCUAAAGCCUGUGUUCCGUAACUGGGAUCUACACUAGAUCCCGAUUUCCCUCUCACUUGGGUCUCCCUUUGACCACCAAAGUCAUGCAUCUGUAGCGUUCGGCUGUUGUAAAGUGUUGGGGGCUGGUAACGGGACCGUGUUUAGCCUUGCCUCACCGUAGCACCUCUCUCCUUGUCGCUGCCCGUCAUUUCAGGUUUGGCGAACGGCAUGGACAGUCAUCCCGUCUGCGGCUCGGCGGAGAAGCGGAGUCACCACUGGAGAAGUUACAAGUUGAUCAUCGACCCGGCGCUGAAGAAGGGAUCCCACAAACUGUACCGCUACGAUGGACAGACUUUCAAUAUGCCCGUAAGUGGACCGCCUUUUGACGCGGGGGAUCGGCCAAUAGUGACCGAGCAGCCGACCUCCAUGAUAGGUUACAACGUGUCUGUGUUGCCGCUGUCGGCCACGGGCAUGCUCCCCUCAUCUCAAAUGGUGUGUCCGAUUUAGACACACACCACGUCCAGUUUGUGUACUGUAAACUACUUUGCAACAAGUGAAGUUGUGAAUGGGAUGAUAACACUGUAUCCCCCUCCUCCCCCUCUCCUCUACUCUCUUACAGAACCCGGGGAUACCACCGGUGGACAUGGUCCGGGACCCGAGAAUCGGUCGUCUCUGGACUAAGUACAAAGAGACGGAUCUACCGGUGCCGAAAUUUAAGGUACGACUCCUGACAGACAUGCUUGAUGCUCGCGUGGUCCUUGUGGAAAAAGGGCGACUGUCAGAAGUUGCAGACACACCCCCCUCACUCAUCUUUGGGACGUGGGGGAUAAGUUUGAUCGUUGGAUGGCUGUCACAACUAAAACAACACGCUUGCCUGGAUUUGCAUUUUCAUCGUUUCUACUCCGCCGCUGUUGUCCUUAUCUCAGCUGUCAGGAAUGACCGCACAUGGUGCAACAUUAACCCGAGAGCACGUCUUCUUUAACUCCUCUCCAUCUUCUUGCAGAUCGACGAGUGCUACAUCGGCCCUGUGCCCCCGAAGGAGGUGACAUUCGCCCGGCUCAACGACAACAUUAGGGAAGGAUUUCUUACCGACAUGUGCAAGAAAUUCGGAGAAAUCGAGGAGGUGGAGAUCUUGUAUAAUCCGAAGAAUAAAAAGCACUUGGGAAUUGCCAAAGUUGUUUUUGAGAGCGUGAAAGCCGCCAAAUUGGCCGUGCAGUCACUCCACGACACGUCUGUUAUGGGAAACAAAAUCCACGUGGAGCUGGACCCGAAAGGUAAACAGUGAUUCAGCCUUUCAAGGGAACGACUUGUAACCUACAUUUAUGCAUGAUCGAGUCCUGUCUGUGCUACACAAUCAAAAGGAUACACUCAGAGUGAAGCGUUGUCUUGUUUUGAGUCAUUAGGAGGGUGGCUGUCACGUGUGUAAAUUUACGUGCGUUGCCUGGUAACCUGUGGUAAUUGAAUUUCAUUGAAUGUGAGCUUGCUCCCUCAAGCCCAGAGCUGAGGGUGCUGUGUAUUCCCUCUGUGCAUAAUUCAAACGUGUAAACAAAAAAUUACUGAUAUGUCAGAGUCCCAAUCAGAUCAUCUUCUUUGACUAAUUAUGAAGCAGUUUUGAUCAGUAGUAUUUUUAAUAAUGCAGACCGUGGUGUUGUUUUGCAUUGAUGCAGAGUCAAGCUUCCGCAAAUCACCUUUACACAAUGUUAAAUAUAUACUGUUGAGUACACAACCCCGUCAUCUCUUUUGCUUCCUUAAUAUGCGAAAUAAUAUGUUUGUUUAUCUUGCAGUAUGUAGAGUUUUUACAUCUUACAGAAGUUCAAUUACCUAAAUUAUAUCUAUUUGAUUAAUCAGUUUGUUACGAAGAGUUUUGGGUAGAAAUAUGGUUUGCACGCUUUGCGCACGUUGUAUUAGUUUAAGAUCUACCGCAGCCUGUGGGUGAAGUAACUUUUGCUUUAUUUUAUAUUUAUUUAUUUUAUUUGUCGUACCAUAUAUACAACCAGACCUGCACUCUCUGACUGGCGGUGGACUAGUUUUAUUGUUUCAACUGCUGAUGCCAAUAAUUGGAGAGCAUACGAACCAGUACAUAAUGCUGACAUCAAUGUUGUUGUGUUGUUUACUUGAUAAAGUAGAGCUAUUUUAGAAUCCUGUAAAAAAAUUUUGACCAAUUAUUAACAGAAAAACAUAUCCGAUUAUGCUGUUGAUUUCAGGGUAUGUCUUAUGUUUAUGUCAUAGUAUAUAUCAAAUGCAUGAUUGUAUACAUCUUAGCAGAGUUGAUAUCAAACUAUAGCGAGUAGCUGCUGUAGAUCUGAUGUGCUGUCUUUCUGGAUGACACGUUAACAUUGCUCAACAGGACGAGGUUUGCAGAGUCUGCAGACAUUUGUUUGCUCUUUAAUAGGCCCAGUGAGCGCAGGCGUUGGCGGAUGCUGAUAAUCUAAAAUGCCAUUAAUCAGCCAGAUUACUUUGUCCAAAAGAUGAAUUGAUCCACUUCUUUUUCUGAUAUUACUCAGUUUUACAGUUAAGAUUUGACACACAGGAAGGAAUAGACAAAAAAGGUGGUUUGCAUUUGUCCCAAAUAUUUACUCAAAGAAUAUGCUGCAUGAAUGUAGACAGCCUAUCUGUGUAAAUGUUUGUAUUAUGCCUCAAUAUUCAAAACUUACCACAUUAUUUGUGUGAAAUCUUGCUGGCAUUAUUCCAGCUUUGUAGACUUGGGAUGAGGAUUUUUUUUUUAUUUCGCUUUGCAGGUGAGAAUCGCCUCAGGUACUUCCAGCUCCUGAUUAAUGGCAGCUACACCCCUCGGACCCUGCCUGUCGGUGGAGAGGAGGCCAGAGAAGUUUCUCCACGGAGCCUUGCAGAAGCCUUACUGGUAAAAAGAAACAAAAUAAAUUCUCCUCUUUUCAUUUUAUUUUAAACUGCUCAUUUUACAGUGAUGGGAGAGUUAAAUCACGGUAUAGUUGGUCAAAGUUACUUCUGUGUUGUUGUGAUGGCUUAGUUUUAGAAGUACUUUGAUAAAACAAGCAAGCUGUCCAGUCGAAGCUGACAUCCUUAUCUGUGAUACAGUUUAUCAGUACUGCAGGUGGUGGAGUAGAGCAGAGGAAAUGUUACCACGACCCUUGCCUGUACAUUGAAAUCACAAAGAAACACGCACUUCGGCCUUGUAUCACAAAUCCACUCAGGCAUUUUGUUCACAUACUCUUAUCCACUGGUUGUUUUUUCAAAAGAUCUUUGUUGCAGGUUCAGACUGUUAAGUUGGUCAUGUAGGGGUAGUCAUUCAUGAUUGUAUUGAUGAACAAGCUUCCUAAAUGCACCCUCACUUCACACUCAGGGAUUUUUGAUUGAAUAUGUGUAGGUAAUUGUUUUGCUUUGAUGCCCUUACUCAUCCUUAUCCUGUCCAUCUCCUCUCAGGCCUGUGAGCCAAUCCGCAGGUUGUCAGAGAGCAGCAUGUCAGCUACUGGAGUAACGUUGCCCCCCAGUAGCUCCACCACUCCUCUCUCCCUGGAAACAGGCUACUCCAGCCUAAGGCAGGACACGCCCCAGUCCCAGGGAACCCCUCAUACCCCACGCCAGACUGGUACGCCUUUCUCCCAAGACUCCAAUUUCUCCAGUCGACAGUCCACACCUGCGUACCAAUCUGGCCGGCCUGAAAGCUCUGGAGGUUACAAAUCUCGCAGACACGAGAGUAAAUUCCAGGAUGCUUACAACCGCAGACCGGAGAGGCCUCAGUACCGCAGCAACAUGUACCGAAACACAACAACAUCUGAACCCUUUAAACAGCACCAAGUCACCCCGCCUGAACCUCCGCCUUCAACCCCCUCCUUUACCUACACGGCACCCCCACCUGCUACACCCAACUUCAAGUCUGCCUUCUCGCCCUAUCAGGCCCCUUUGCCCCCUGCGUUCCCCCCGACAGAGCCAGCUUUUCAUCACCCUGCCCAAAGGGAGAGUGAGUACCUCCGACCGCCACAGCCGCCUCUUGCAGCUGCCCCAGACUUUUUACCCAUCAAGGAGAGACCAGAAACUCCUCCCAUCCCAGAGCCCCCACCUGAGCCCGUUCCCCAUCCCACUACUCCUCCUCCUCAAACGCCAGAGCACUGCCCCUCACCCGGCUCCCCGGCGCUGGAUCCUGAGCGCAAUAGCCUGGAUUCCCGCAUUGAGAUGCUCCUCAAGGAAAAAAGGACAAAACUGUUGCCGUUCCUGGAUGAGCGAGACUCGGACACUGAGGUGAAAAUGGAGGGGAGUCCCAUUUCAUCCUCCUCCUCGCAGCUUUCCCCCAUUCCCCCUUACAUGAGCGGUUCACAAGCCGGACAGCUAAAUUCCCGACCCUCCAGCACGGGUUUGGAGGACAUCAGUCCGACCCCGCUUCCAGACUCGGACGAUGAAGAGCCCAUUCCUGGAACAGCUGCCCUGAUCAAGAGAAUCAGCUCACCUGUCCAGGAGAAGAAGAGCAACAGUGACCUCAAGGAUGGACACUAUAGAAGCCACACACCCACAGAUAAAAUGGAAACGGUAAGACACAUGGUGCUUUAUAUCUGCAUGUAGUGAAGUGUCUUUUGAUGUCAAAUGUUUCAGCAUGGGCCUGUUUCCACAGUCCUGGUGGGUUUAGCAGUAGCACAUUGCCGUUGUUUACCCCCAGCUUUGAAUGACGGUUACACAAGAGGCACAGGAAGUCAGGUCUAGUUUCAGAGCGAGUUGAUAGUAGUAAACUUUCCCUUUUGUUUCAUUGUGUUGGUUCUGCCCAGUGAAGGAAGUUCUGGCUUAGUUACAGUUACAAUGUUUGAAAGGUGCUACUAAACUGCUGACUUGUCUUUUCGCAGUGACCCAAAAAUCUUUGUUGUAGGAAACGACAUCAACUCUUUAAAAGGGGGGUUCCUUGUACACUCGUCUGUUGAUUUGAGUGUAAAAAUGAAUCUAGUUUUUCUGGCAGGGAAAACAGCUGAGAGAAUUAUGAAUGAAAACUUUGACAUGCGUAACUCAGCCUUACAAACAUCUUUGCAUCGAGACAAACGAAGUCUCCGUGUUUGAAGUCCCAGUAAACACCAUCUGCUCUGUGAGGCCCUGUUUCUACACUCGGUGCUCUAAAAGGAGAAUUAAGAGCCAUUCGGCUGUUGGGGAAUUGGAACACUCUUGUUUCCUCUUUCUAACACUAACCACACACUCUCAUGCAGGAAGACACAGUUUGGCUGUGGGCCCCAUUCAAAAGCACGCUCGCUGGUUUUUUUGCAGAGCCUGACAGUCAGGAUCAGCCCCGCAGCGCCUCACGUUCUCGCAUUUCAAGUUAUCACAAAGCAAACAGUGCAAACAGGUCAUUUGGGUACGACGCCACUCCCAUGCUGCGUUCACUUACUUUCAUUUCUGCGACUAUUGUAACACAAACCCUCAUGCGUAAUAAUGGACAUAGAGAGAGAAACGUAAUAUGUUUAAACUAGCGGAGUUCAGUGAAGCUGCAAGGCUGGCCAUGGCCAAGUAAACCUGAUGAUUCAUGUUUUCUCUGAAUAUGAUUCUUAAACUUAAGGCCAAAUAGAUUUGUACUGUUUGGAAAGUCGAUGGUAAAGCCUUAUGAUGGUCUGAUAUUAACAUGAGAGUAUAUCCUAAUGAAUGUGAAAUUAUUACCCUAGUUCCACAUUUUUAUGAAGAUGUUAAAAAUGUUGAUUCUCACAGAAUUUGGUGGUUUACAAACUAUCAAGUGAAAAUUAUUGUUUGAUUAAAAAAUAAAUCCUGAUUUCAAAUACGACAUGUUUCAAAAAAACCCAAAACAAACACUAAAAAAGUGAAAAAAAAACUGGAGUGAGUUCCCCCAGCCAAUGGUCUGUGAAUUUGCAAAAGGUUAGUAACAUCACUAAGUAUAAAACAGGCACUCUAGAGGAGCUGAAGUCAAGAUGGCAGUUUGUUCACAACUCAGGAAAAGAAUGUCCGACAAGUUCAAAGUUAUGUUUCUCUGUGUAAAAUGACAGAAUUCAGGCUUGUCAUCAUCUAUUGGACAAUUUCAUUAUCAAAUCAUGAGAGAAUCUGAAGAAAUCUCUGUAUAAAAAGGGUAAAACCAAAAUCCAAUAUUGGAUGUCUGUGAUCUUUUAGCCCCAGGUGACAUAUCUCUGCAGUGGAAAUCACUCAUAGGCUAAAAAUCCCUUUAUCAGUUCACACAUUUUGUUAAAUUUUACCAAGCAAAGAGGGAAACUUCAUGAAAACAUCCUCCAGAAACACCAGAGAUUUGUUUCAGUCUGUUUUAAGGUGGACUAAACUCUAGAAAAAAGCUGUCCUGUGCUCUGAAGAAUCAAAAUUAUGGACGCUAAGUCCUCCGCUCCAAAGAAAAGACAGACCUCAAUUGUUACCAGUGUACAGUUCAAAUGUCAGCAUCCAAGAUGGUGAAGUGAUGCAGAAGUACUCAUGGCACAGGUAGCCUACACAUCUGGGGAGGCACUGUAGUUGCCGAACAAUACAUACAGGUAGAAGAAAAAAAAAACAUACCCACCUAUAGUCCUGACCUGUCACCCAGUGAAAUCAUUUGAUGUGGAAAACCGUGAAAUAUUGAGAUGCUGGAACCUCUUAUCAGGCAGUGGAACCAUAUUUCAUUUUGAGAUAAAACAUAUGACUGAAAUUACAGGUGCAGAACUUAACAGGGUUGAUGUCUUCGAUGAAAGUUUUAGGGUCAUCUUGUUUUCAUGGAUCUUUGAAUGAAAUAGCACCACCAGUUUGUACUUGGGAGCUCUGGAGAGAUGCUAGUUAGUUUGAGUCUCAGUACAGACCAAGUUAUGGAUCUGGCUGUCUCAGUUUACUGCCUGCUACAAAUUCAACAAAACCAUUUUGGAGGCUACACUACUUCUUUUAAGCACACAGAAAAGGUGUGCUAAUGUUAAAUGUUCUUUAUUGAAAAUUCAAACUUUGCACUGGGACUUCUUCUGAGGUUGUAGUGAUACGAGUGCAUGCCUGACAUUUGUACUACCCUCUGUAGUUUGAGAGUGAACGGUUAGAAAAGCAAACACACCUGUCUGGAUUCAAAACCAACUUCAUUGGUCAAUCAUGUUUAACGAAACUUUGAACUCAGAUCUCUCCUGAGAUCACGUGCUGCUCUUAAAAAAAAAAACAGGUUUAGUUAAUGUCACAUUUUCAUGGUAUUUAAUCAGAAAUGAAGUUUUUUUAGGGCUGCGUUUAUUUGCUCUGUGUUUUUUCUCCCACAGAGUCAUCAGUCGUCAGGAGAAGACAUGGAGAUCUCUGAUGAUGAGAUGCCUGGGACUCCCAUCACUGGUGCGGACUGUGGCCCGAUGCAGACCAUCCCCAUGCCUCCCCCAGGCUUCCCCCCUCUCCCCCACCAAGCCAGCUUCGCAAUCGCACACCACCACCUCGCCCCUCACUCCGCCGUCCCGGGACACCCUGCUCACCUCGCCGCUCACCCUGGGGUGCCUCCACAUUUGCUGGCACACAUGGGCCCCUACGCUCCGAGUAUGAUGCCGCUGGUACAAAUGGAGCUGAUGAACUGCCUGCGCUGGGAGCAGUGGAGCAGCACCGUCCCCAUGUCCUUCCAGAUGCAGCAGCAGAUGCUGAGCCGCAUCGCACAGACUCGAGGGCCUUUUCCUUUCCCUCACUUUUUGGACGGUGGCGCGACAGGGCCUUUUGGAGGACCUUAUCCACCUCUGUCUAUGGGUGCUACGCCUGGUAGUGGAGCAGCAGCACCAGGACAACAUUGGCAGCAUCAAAGUAUACCAAAGUUCAACCCCACGGUUCCUCCUCCUGGAUAUGAGAGUAAAAAAGAGGAUCCCCACAAGGCCACAGUUGACGGAGUGCUCCUGGUCAUCGUCAAAGAACUGAAGGCCAUCAUGAAGAGGGACCUCAACCGCAAGAUGGUGGAGGUGGUGGCUUUCAGAGCCUUUGACGAGUGGUGGGAUAAGAAGGAGCGCUCAGCAAAGGUGAGACAUACUGACUUCUAAGAUAUUAAGACAACAUCCCAGAGUAGCGGAUAUCCACACUAGGGGUGUAUUGAUGGAACUUUUUAACCUCUGAUACAAUAUCGAUUUUUUAGCCUUCAGUAUUGUCCGAUACCAAUAUUGAUCUGAUAUUGGCACAAACAUGUGCAUGACACUGCUACACGGCCGACAUCACUCCUACUCCUUGGUACUUUGUCAGUAUCUUAGUACACACUGUUGUUGUGAUCACAUGGGCUCUACUUGUUGGAUUCCGGUGCUGCUAGAUAGAGGUGCUGGAGCGGAGUCUGGAAUGGACUGCUUGUAUCGGAGUGGUGAUAUCUGAGAUUUUAGAUUCAGGCCGAUGUUAUCCGAUAUAAUUAGAAAUUUUGCUGAUAUUGCACUGAUAUCCAAUAUCAAAUGUCAAUGUGGGGAAAGUGUACAUGUACUGACCUCAAUCAUACAAACUGACUCAAUAAUCCUAUACUGUCUAAAUUAUGAGGGCCACAUUUGAAAAUGUCACUAAGACUUUGACUGCCUGUGGUUGUGUUGCUGAGAUGCAAAAAGAUAACAGAGUUGGUUGAUGGCAGAUAAAUUGUUCAAUUCCUUUGAUAAAAAUUGACAAUUUUUCCCUUUUUUCUGGCAGUUUGAAGACAGUUCAUUGGGAAAAUAAAAAAAACAACACAUGAUUAGAUCGUACUUUCUUAAGCUGCAUGUACCUCUUUAAAAUAAAUCCAUAAUAAAAAACUCUUCAUGGUUCGAGGUUCUAGGGCAGGAUGUUUGCAGGUAAUGACAGGAAUCACAUUUAUUUCCUCUUUUUGAGCUUUAACACAAAAUGGGCAGUUUUACAUAGUUGUUUGAAGGUUUAUCAGGGGUCAAAAAAAGACACAGACACUAAAAUGAACACAACUUUAGGGGUCUUUGUGAAGGCUUUAGGUAUAAAUAUAAGAUAACUGCCAAGAAUUAAUAUGUUUUCUUUACCUUUUAGGCGUCUUUGACUCCAGUGAAAGGUGCAGAAGGGAAGGAAGAAGAACGGUCCAAACCCAAAGAGACGAUGGGUUCAAGUCUGCUGGAGAACUGGAACAAGGGCGAGGCGCUCGGCUACGAGGGGAUGGGCUUGGGAAUUGGUUUGCGUGGAGCCAUCAGGUUACCUUCCUUCAAGGUGAGCACUCAAAUGUGUUACUGAGCGAACAUGGGAAAGAAAGGAGUUUUCACGGCACGGGUUCCGCUGUAGAUGCUAAACUGUUGCGUGUUGUUGUGUUCAGGUGAAAAGGAAGGACCCGCCUGAAGCCGCCGCAGGGGGGGACAACAAACGAGCUCGCCCCUCCACUCCUGUGGACGAUGAGCUGGAGGAUGAAGGUAGGAGAAAACCAUCAAACUAAAAGAACUGAAUCUCUUCACUGUUUUCUAAAACUGCCUGUUGCUAACCGACUUUGUCCUCCUCUGUAAGACCGAGACCGAGACCCUGCAGGACUCCCUUCGGACGACCCCAAAAUGGACGCCGACGGUGCUUUGGCAAAGCGACGGCACUCGCGGCCUCUUGAACUGGACAGCGAAGGCGAGGAAGAGGUGGACACUUCAGGGAAGGAGGAGUCUCAGUCUGACAGGGAGGAGGAGCCUGAUGAAACGGAGGCUCCUGAUAGGCUGUUGCCAGGCAAAGUAAGCUUCUGAAAAAAGAAACUUUCAGAAUGAAUUUUGUUGAUUUUUAUAAACAUGUAAACACUUUGUUAUUUCUAAGGAGAGUGGCGAUGAGGACGGUGACGAUGAAGAGGAGUCAUCCAGUGAAAGUUCCUCUGAUUCUUCUGAUGAUGGUAUGUAAAAAAUCAGCUGCAACAGUUGGGUCAUAUUUUUUUUUAAUCCAGUUAUUAAUCCCUCUUUACCUUCUUUCUUUUUUUCCACAGAAGCCGAGAGUUCAGGUUCCUCGAAGGCCAGCUCAGACUCCUCAGCAGAAAGCUCCGACUCCUCCGACGAGUACGAGUUAAGCUCAGAAGAAGAGGAGGAGGAGGAAACAAGUUCACGCGAUGCGGACGACAAUGUCAAAAAGGCAGUGACCUCCUCGUCCUCGUCAUCAUCCUCUUCAUCGUCGUCUUCUGAUGAAGGGGAGGGGGAGGCGGAGACCAAAGCUUUAAGUCCUCCUGCGCGACAGGAGGUACAGGAGGUUCAGAAGAGCAGGGAGGAGCUCGGCAGUAAGCCUAAAGGCAGACCUCCCAGUCCUGAGGAGGAGAUGAUGGAGGACAGAAAACCACCGUCACCAAAAGGACUGCCAGGUAAGACUCUGUGAAUGAAUUAGAAAGGAACCAAAGUGAUUGUUAUCGCCUCCUAAAGUCGUGAUGUCAGGUCUGAAGUUAAAUCCAAAUGCUUUUGUUUCUCACAGUCGAGGAUCAAGUCAUCAGCGCCGAUGGCAGCAGUACCGCGGCGAAGCCUGAACCUCAGGAGCGAAUAGUAAACCUUCGACCAUCAACUCCCACCGGUGCCCUCCCUGACAGCGACAAGGAGCCAAAAGCCAAAGGUAAAGCAGAGCCUGAGGAAGUUCCCUGCACCCCUGGUCGAUUACCCCCCUCCCACUUGGACCCCAACACACCUGUUCCCAAAUCCUCCUCCACGUCUCUAAUGCACCUUCCUCUCCCUCCUCACCCAGCGCUAGAAGGUCGCUCACUCCUGCACCCACCCCCAGGUCCCCUGCCUGAUCUCUCCCAGCGGCCACGCCUCCCCACAGAUGAGGACAUCCCCCGCACGCCGGGUAGGGACCUGCUGGAGCGGGCCAGGAGUUUGGGGAAGUCCCAGAGCACGGACACGGUGCCCAUCACACCUGGGAGCGAUGCCCCGCUGUCAGGCAGCAGCCUCCUGCUCAGCUCCCCUCACAUCCCCGGUAGCCCCUUCUCCUACCCCGCACAGUCCCCUGUCCUUAGCGCAGGAGUCCCCCGCACUCCAGGAAGAGACUUAACCUUCACCCCUGUCUUUCCUGACCCUGCUGCACUGACUCUGAAUAGGAAGGUCUCCUCAGAGAGCAUAGAUGAUAGACCAGUUUUUAAGGAACCGCCUGUCAGCACCUUGCCUAACCAAACUCCCUCAGCUGGAUCAGAGCAGUCAGCCCAGGUAGCUGAAGAUCUGCCCUCUGGUCUCACUCUAGAUGUCCCUCUGCCAUCAGAUACCCCCUCAUCAAAGAAGAAACCUGGGCGACCCAAAGGCAAAAAGACCCCGGCCCUGUCUGCAUCUGAGGACUCUAUAGAGCUCUCAUCGGAGUCAACCCUCCUGCCUAACCACACACAGAUCAGCGAUCUGUCCAUGCAAAUAAGCGCCAAGUCCCCAGAUCACCCGAGUCUGGACUUCAGGGAAGGAAAGGUGGAACCUCAGACUGUCCUGCCUGCAGAAGACGGCUUCAUUUCCUAUGAAGACGAGGCUCCUGCGGUGGUGAAGCCCGCGCGGAGAGCGCGGCGAUGCUGGGAGGAGCUGCUGCUGGGAAGCCUGUCCCCUGUCACCUCACCGCCGCGGCCGUACUUCAACCCACGCUCUGAGUUUGAGGAGAUGACCAUCCUGUAUGACAUUUGGAACGAAGGGAUAGACGAGGAGGACAUGAGGCUGCUGCAGAUUACAUACGACAAGAUGCUGCAGCAGGAUAACGGAAACGACUGGCUCAAUGACACGCUCUGGGUCAACCAUCCUCAUAUCCUUUACUACUUCAGAUCAGCAAAUGUUAUUGAAAAUAUUCAUUGUUGUUUAUCUCUUAUUUUUUAAAGUAACACUGCAUAGCGCCCCUUAAACCACCUGACAAAAUUGAGUUCAAUUCACUUCCACUACAUUGUGUUUUUUAUGCAGUUUGUUAUCAACAGCAGCCCCCUCUGGUGGUGGAAAUGAGGAACUUUUUUCUGCUAUUAAGUAUCUGUUGAGCUACAGAAGUCUGAAAGCGUCCCAGCCAUGCUUUUAAGUCUUUUCAGCUUCUUCCUUGACUCCCCUGCACCUACCAACAUCCCCGGGGUGAAGAAGAAAAGAAGAGACGAUGGGAUGAGGGAUCACAUGACGGGCUGCGCGAGAAGCGAGGGGUACUACAAGAUCGACAAGAAGGACAAGAUCAAGUACCUACAGAGCACGAGACUGCAGUCAGAAGAGCCACCAAUGGACACACAGGUGGGCAAAAGAUCCAAAUCAUGUUUCUUUAGUAUGUUGACUUUUUAUGGAUGUGCAAAUCAAAGUCCCUCUUCUCUGCGCAGGGGAUGAGCAUUCCCGCACAGGUCCACGCCUCCACCAGAGCUGGCUCAGAGCGGCGGUCAGAGCAGCGGCGUUUGUUGUCCUCAUUUGCAUGUGACAGUGACCUGCUGAAGUUCAACCAGCUGAAGGUAAACUCACUCAAACAGGACUUUGCUCCAGUGGGAUCAAAAUGAAGUUCAAAGGAGGAGCUGUAAACAAGAAAAUAAGACACAAAAUGAAAGACACACAGCUAAUCGUAAAACUCCUGUUUCUUACAGUUCCGCAAGAAAAAGAUCCGAUUCUGCAAGUCCCACAUCCACGACUGGGGUCUCUUUGCCAUGGAGCCCAUCGCAGCAGAUGAAAUGGUGAUCGAGUAUGUGGGGCAGAAUAUCAGACAGGUGAGAGGAAGAUGAUUGGUUAGGGUGACCAUACAUUCUCUUUUACCCGGACAUGUCCUCUUUUUUGGGGGCUGUCCCGGUUUGUCCAGCUUUGUCCAGGGAAGUUUAUGAAAUCCUUCAAAUGUCUGCGGUUUUGUACCAGAGUUUCAAUUUUGUGUCACACGGACUUACUGAGUUAGAAGCGCAUAAAAGGCACUCAACCCAACCCUAAAAAAAUCAAAAUGAACUUCAUACGUCUCCAUGACUCUGCCCCUGCGUAGUCACGUCCUCUUAUUGGAAAGUCAGAAUUUGGUCCCCCUAUGAUUGGUUGAUUUAAGCGUAAUGAAAGGAUCUCCGUGCAUUCAUCAUUCGCAGCAAACUCAAAACGUUUUCUCUCCACAGGUGAUAGCAGACAUGCGGGAGAAGCGCUACGAGGAGGAGGGUAUCGGCAGCAGCUACAUGUUCCGGGUCGACCACGACACCAUUAUAGACGCCACCAAGUGCGGCAACUUUGCCCGUUUCAUCAACCACAGCUGCAAUGUAAGACAACAUCAACGUUAUAUUCGGUUUUUCAAACUUGAGUGUCGUCAUUUUAACCAUCUCCCUCUCCUUUCCUUCCUUCAGCCUAACUGUUAUGCGAAGGUGAUCACAGUGGAGUCUCAAAAGAAGAUUGUGAUCUACUCCAGGCAGCCCAUCAACGUCAACGAGGAGAUCACGUAUGACUACAAGUUCCCAAUCGAGGAUGAGAAGAUCCCGUGUUUGUGCGGGGCCGAGAACUGCAGGGGGACGCUCAAUUAAAGCCCGUUUGAGGUGGAUCCUCUUCGGGGUUCUUGUCCUGGAACUCAACUGAGGUUUCACAGAAGAGACCCUGGAAAGAGGAGUUGAAGAGGGAAGUUCCUCACCUCCUAUGAGGUGGUCUUUACAUAUUAAAAUCUAGAUUGUUUACGAUUUAUGGUGCUCUUGAAAUGCAUAGUUUUUUACAUCUGCCAUUGACCCAGAAUUUACUAAAACUUUUGACUUGCUGGUGCGGCAUUUCCCCCUCCUGUCGACACAGGAGGAUAUUUUCAGCAUGGUUUCUUCCACAUCCAGUCUGGUUGUACAGUUUUUUGAUACACUUUUUCUCCUCUCAAUUGUCUCAUAAGCUUUACCUAAAACCACACGUGGUACAAAAACAGAACACAUACUCACAUGUUCAGCUGCUUUUUAACAAUAUUGAGACGCACAAGCCCACCGGGGAAACACAUUCUCUGUGGGGGGGAAGACUGCAUCCGAGCAGAUGGCAGGCGGCACCCCACUUUCUUGCCCCUGCCUCUUCUGCACAAGUUUUCUCUUAAAAAUAAAUCAAACGGAUGGAAGAAAAAAACAAAAAUCAAGCUACAAAAAUGGUUAAAUCCUGCCACAAAAUCUGGAACAUCUGAAUAUCACAGCUGCUCUCACCAACCAGUAACAGAUCAUGCUGCUUCCUAUUAGUUUAUGCAAAAAUGAUCAUUUAAAGAUAAAAGUGCAAAAUUUUUUAUUAAUGAUAUUCCAGUGUUUUCCACAUUUUGUUUAGGUAGACCUCUUCUUGCUUAGACACUAGAUUUGUGUGUUUGUGUGUGGAUGUGUGUUCUGAUUGAGUUGAUCAUCCUGUGAAUGUGAGUGCACUGCCCCCUGUAGGUUAGAUAGCGAAAGGUCGACUAAUCAUGCAGAGAAAAGAAUGAAAAAGAAAAUCACGCCUGUCUACAACUUCUUGGCAGCAUUCAAAGUAAUGGAAGUAAAUAUACUGCUCACUUUUUUUAAGUGCCAUAUGAAUGUGUAACUUUUUGUUCGAGCAGCAGUUGACAAAUUGAAUUAUCACACGCAAAAAAAACAAACAAAAACGUUGCUGCCUAUUUUGUUUCCAGUGCUGUGGGUGUUUGGUGAUGAUGUUUCGGCUCUCUUCAUCUGUGCCUGAAAUUUUCUCUCUGAUAGAUUCCUCUUCACCUUCAGCAGUUUGAUAUUGUACUCCUCAGUGUUAGAUGUUUCCCUGAGACAGAAGCAAGGGUUCCUCUUUACCACAUGAAUGCACUUGAUGCUUGCACUUCUGUUUUACACCAGUCAGCUGCCCCCCCUCAAGAAGACCAAGUCAGACAUUGCUUUUCAUUCAGUUCAGCGUUUUUUCACCAGUGAUGUUUAUAUUGUAUAUGAUUACUUGUACAGAAGAUCUAAAGCUUUUUUUAUCUCCACAGGGGUAACACUUUUAUGAUGCAUCUGUCUCUCUUUCUCUAGUUCUCUUUUUUAAUAAAUGACUGAGUAUUUAAGAAUAUUUUCAGGGAUCUGUAAAAGGAAUCUGAGGAUUUAAAAGGUUGUUUAUUUAAAGAAAAAGGUCCACUUUGUACAGAAAAGUCUCCACCUCCCUUUUGGAAAGAUUGUUUCUUGUAGAAACGUCUUCAAUUUCUGCCCAUUUGCUUUAUAAUCCUAGAAUCUGUAAAUACUAUAACUGUGAAUACUAUAUAAAUAUAUAUAUAUAUAUUUUUGUUCCUUGGGAUUUGCUACAGAAACUCAGCUCAGAAAUCUAUGUAAAAUAUGAAGAGAGCAAUGAGCUGGUAGCAGGAAAUUCAGCUUGUGUCAAGCUUUGUUUUUUUUAAUUUUCUGUUGUAAAUUCUAUGAAAAGUUGUUUGCGGUGUGGAGAAAAAAAUAAAACGGUGCAGAACUGGCAUGGGAAGAGGAUUGAGGCAUCAGCCUGUUUCUUAUGUCUAUUUAUUACACAACAAAUGUAUGAACAAGGAAAAAGUGGAAAUAAAGCAUUUUUGCAUACAUCCAUAAA